AUGAAUAACCGGAAUGCGAAUUACAAUGAAGAUAUUUUUGAUUAUAUAAAAGUAAGUGAAGAUGAUGAUGAUACAAAUGCCGUUGAAAUCCCUUGUGAACAUGAUGGCACACUUCUGCUUUCUACGCUGGUAGCCCAAUUUCCUGGAGCAUGUGGACUGAAAUAUCGUCAUCCUGAAACUAAAUCAAUCAGAGGUAUAAGACUCAGUGAUGGCAAAUUGCACCCGCCAAGCGAAGCCGGAUGGGGCAAAAAUUUGUAUCUGUGUGUAUUUCCAAAAGAAAAUAAACGAAAAAUGGAAGAUGUGUCACCUGAAAAUUCAGCAGCGAAAACUAAACGACUGGAGAAAAAACUUACUUGCUCUGAUUUAAUUUGCCUUGGCUUACCAUGGAAAUCUACAGAAGAAUCUAUAAAACAAUACUUUGAACAAUUUGGAGAAGUAGUUAUGGUUCAACUGAAAAAAGAUAAAAAUGGUUCCUUCAAAGGCUUUGGUUUUAUACGCUUUGCCACAUAUGCAUCACAAAUGAGAGCUCUAGCCCAGAGACAUAAUAUUGAUGGUCGAUGGGUUGAUGUGCGCAUUCCUAACUCUAAGGAGGGUGUUGUGCCACAAAUGCCAUGUAAAGUAUUUGUGGGAAGGUGUACAGAGGACAUGACUGCAGAUGAUCUUCGAGAAUACUUUUCUAAAUUUGGAGAAGUUACAGAUGUUUUUGUACCCCGACCAUUUAGGGCAUUUGGUUUUGUUACAUUUCUAGAUCCAGAAGUGGCACAAAGUCUGUGUGGUGAAGAUCAUGUAAUCAAAGGUGCUUCAGUAUCAGUUUCAAGUGCAGCACCUAAAAUCAAAAGCAAGUCUAAUCAAAAUUGGAAAGAUGACUCUUAUGGACCAAACUGGGAUGGAAAUAGAUCAGGUCCUUCAGGGGGCUCUAGCAAUGGAGGUAAUAGUAAUAUUGAUACUCUAAACAUGCAAAAUUUGGGGAUUAAUCCAAAUGGUGGAGGGCCACCAGCUAAUUUUAAUUUACCAAUAAGUCUUGUUGCUGCCGCCCUUAAUCAAGCUGGAUGGGGUGGGUUUUUAGGCGGUCCUGGAAGUUCUGGACCUAACAACUGGCAAGGUGGACCUCCACAAGGCAAUUCAGGCAAAAAUUGGAAUGGCAAUCAAAAUUGGGGUCAAAACGGUCCACCUCCAUCAUGGAAUCAAGGUCAAGGGGGUCAAGGUUGGAAUAAUGGUAAAGGCAAUUGGAACCAAGGAAACUGGUCAAAUGGGCAAGGCGGUUGGGGUGGUAAUGGUGGAGGUGGAUCUGGACCAGCUGGAAGCAGCAGUGGAUGGAAUAACAGCAAUAAACCCCAAACAUGA